GGCAGCAGAUACUAACGGGAACUGAACCCUUGUGCAAGCACUCCUCUAGUAGUCACCAUUCAAUGGGUAGCCAGAUAAGAAACACUUUGAAUAAGCAAACUAGCUCAGAAAGUAUUCACACUAGAUAUUCUAAUGACACCUUUGCAAGCGAUACUAUGAAGCAGUCACAUGGGUUAGGGCAUUGUCAUACAGAUAGUUUGGAAGAAAAAGAGAGCAAAUAUAGUGUAGAAACUGGGGAAGAUGCUGCAGGUGCUGCCACAGAGGAUUUGAGGUGGUGUGCUUCAGGAGCAUCUCAUUCUGAGGAGGAUUAUUUGACAAUUCAGCUUAAGCCAGUUCAGUUAUACCAUGGUCAGACUUCAGAGGGCACCAUGAAAGUCAAAUUUACUAUCCACUCUACUGUUAGAAGACGAAUAAGAAAUGAAAUUGAAAGAGGUGGUAUUAUUGAUGGAAUAGAUGCAUGUGUAAGUGAGCCAGUUGUUGAGAUGGAUGGAACUUCUAAUGCACACAAUGUGCGUGUUGUCAGAAAGAAGUCUCAAUUAAAGUCUAUAGACAAGUUGGGUGGUACUGUAGGAAGCACAGUUGUGGCAAUCAACUCAAAAAUGCAAGGUGAGGAAAUAGAAACUCCCCCACCAAGCUCUGCAUGUUAUAAUUCAUCCUUAAAUACUAAUAAGAAGAAUGAAUUGAAUGACUCCUCUGCUGUUUUAAUAACCCAGUCUAUUUCUGAAAAUCCUUUAAAUCAAAAUCAGACUACUCAGGAUGUUUCUGCACAUUCACAUGAAAAUUGUCAAGGAAAUAAUGCAUCACAUCAGUGCAGCAUUGUUCAGACUAAAGGCAUGGAAAAUUUAAACAUGAUGAGUGCAGAUGAAUGGAUUGAUGAAGCUGACAAUACGGUUACUGCACCAAAAUAUUUUCCAUCAAAGCUCAGCAGAAGUCUUGUCAAGAAAAAACGAUUAAAGUAUAAAAGAAAAAAAAGAAAUGUGUCCUCUGCAUUCACCAAAGACAACACUGUUGAUAAGAACAAGAGAACCUAUUCUUUUAGGACAGAUGAUAGCUUUGAAAGGAUACUGGAGUGCCCUGAAAAUGUUUUAGUUGACAAACAUUUAGUUGUAGAUGGACUCAAUUUAACAGAAUUUAUUGGUGCUGCCCCUGUGGCUACUUUUGAAGACAUAGAAAUUGAUGACAAUGCCAUUAAGACAACUUUGUCAAACUGCAGUGAACAUAAAGAUAUUUCCCAUUUCACUUACAAGGCUAAAAACCUCCGUUUAGUAACUGAAUCCCAUGAACAUAAACAUUCAACUGAUGUUCACAUAGAUACAUCAGCUACCACUGACUCAGUGAAGGGUUAUAGAAAUGUUAGUUCACAUGUUGAAAAUUCUGAUAAAAAAGAUACCAAAACUAAAGAACUAGAUGCAUUGGAAAAUGUAUUCUAUGAUGCUGUUGAAGAACAACCAGAAUUGAUUAUCAAUACAAAAAUUGAGCUAGUACAAAAAGAUGACUUAACCAAUCAUCAGAAUAGAACCAUUAAAACUGAUGGAAACCUAUCAAAAAUGGAACCUUACAUGGAUACAUUGAAGAAUCUUUCUCAUGCUUCAAACCUAAAGGAAAGACUUUCAAUGGAAAGAAAGGAAACAUUGAUUGACGAUGUUUUAGACAUUACUGAAACUAAGCAUACAGAAUGUCAACUAUACACAAAAAAAUUAAAACAUCUUGAUGAAGGACCCUUACAAACUAGCUCUCCUAAACUAGGCAGGAGUAAAUCAAAGGAGAGUCCUUUUAAAACCUACCCACAAAAACUUGGCAAGUCUGAAGAGACUCUGUUGGACAUAAUGCCUUUAAAUAAACAGAAAAUAAAAGCUGUGGCCAAAUCACAAGAGGGGCUAGAAGACUCACAAGAUGAGCUUAGUAAAGCUCCAUUAUCUAGAACAGUUUCAUUAGGACCCCAUCAUAAAAAGAGAAGACACAGAAGCAUAGCUGCAAAUAAAACUGGCAUUUCUAAAGAGACUGUCAUUGAUGAUAAUCCAGUAGUAGGUAUUGCAAAUAAAGGCAAUCUUUCUCCAACAAAGUUUGCCCUAGACAGGCAUAAUUUGAUGAUUCACAACGAAAUAAUGAAACUUUCAGACUAUGCAAGCUUUUUCAAACCACCAGAUAUAGUUGCAUAUCCAUUAACCUCCUCUUCUAUGCCACCAUUGCCCGAUACCACUGAAGUUCCUAGUAUUUCAGAUACAGAAGGGCAUCGUAGGACAGUGGAUCGCUCAAGGCUUUCCUAUAAUCCACCAAGGUCUUCCAAUCCUCACCCUAAAUCAAGACAUCAUAGUGAAGAUGUCCACACUGAAGAAGACAAUGUACCGAAAAGACGGUGGGCACCAAAACAGAGAAGAGACAGAAGAGUUGUAAGUGACGUAGAUGACAGAAGACCACCAUCACAAUCAGAAGAAAGACAUAGACCAGUUGAAGAUGUAGACAGAAGUUCAGGCAGCAGAAAAGACAAACAUAGAGCUAGUGAUGAACAAAGUGAAAGAGAUAUAACAAGUUAUCAAAAUAAAAAUUAUGAUAAUGAUAGAAAUUAUCGAGAUUACAGAAAAGAAAAAAGAACUGAGCGACAACCAAGUUCUGAAUAUGAUAAACCAUAUGAACGUAGAGAGGAUUCAAAGAAGGAAAAAAAUAUAAAAUCAGAAGAUAGUGAUAGAAGAAGAAGGGAGUUAAGAGACCAAGAGGAUUUCAAUGAAGAAAUUUUCAGAACUUCAGAUAAAGGAAAAGUAUUUGUCAAAAAUCGAGAGAGUCUUGAUGUUAAUGUAAAACCUGAACGCACCAAGGCACAUAGUCUAGACAUGUCUAAAGAUAAGAGAGCAGUGCAGGUGUUACCACCUAUUAUUAAGUCUGCUACUGAACUGACUUCUAAAAAGAAAUCUGUUACUGAGAUUGAUAUUGGAAAACAACCACAGAAUGAAACAUUGGCUAUGGAAACUGAUUUGGAUGAUUAUGUGAGUAAUCAACCGAAAGAUCAAUCUGCUACAGAGACCGAGAUUGAAAUUCCAAAAGAUUCUAGGCUUCUGGAGAGUCAUCAGCAUAAGAGAUUUGUCAAAGAGACUGAUAUAGAUAGUCCAAAAGAUACUGAAAAAAGCAAAGAGCUAGUGAAAAUGCGAGAUAAGUCUAGAAGAGGAGAGGAUGUAGAUGAAAGUGCUUUGAAACAUGAGGAAGAUAAAAGGAUCUCAGAUAAAGCUAAUAAAAAUGAAGAUGGAUCUAAAGACACUAGUAAGAGACAAAACAGUUAUGACAGGGAGAGUGGAAGACUGAAACAUGAUAAAGAUAACAUAAGAUAUGAUCCUAGAGUCAAAGAUGGUGACAAGACAGAGGAUGUGAAUGUGGAUAGAAGAAAGAGUUCUGAAAGAUCUGCAAGACAGGAUGAUAGAGAGAAAGAAUAUCUGGAGCAUAGACAAGAAAAUAGAAGAAAAAGUAACCGACCUAGACACUCUGACCAAGAAGAAAAAAGUCCAGAGGAAGAGCAUGAUCACAGAAGUGACAGUACCAGACAAUAUGGCAGGGAAGAAUAUGAUCCAGAGGAAGACAGGGAUAGAAGAAGUGAGAGAUUUAGAAGGUCUAAUAGAAAAGAAGAAAAGGGACCGGAGGAAAAUACAGCUAGAACUGAAAGAACUAGAAAAUAUGAAAGAGAGGAUAAGGGGCUAGAGGAAAGCAGAGAUAGAAGUGAGAGAUCUGUAAGAUAUGAUAGAGAAGAAGAAGCAAAGAGUCACAAAGAAAGUACAGAUAGAAGUGAGCCAUCUAGAAAACAUAAAAGAGAUGGUAAGGGUCCAGAGGAAGGUAUAGAUAGUAGAAAUGACAGAACUAGAACAUAUGACAGUGAAGAAGAAAAGGGAGCACAGGCAGGCAGGGAAAGUAGAGGCGAUAGAUCUAAAAGAUACGACAGAGAGGAAGAUACAGUUAGAAGAAAUGACAGAUCUCAAAGAUAUGAUAGAGAGGAAGAUACAGAUAGAAGAAAUGACAGAUCUCAAAGAUAUGACAAAGAGGAAGAUACAGAUAGAAAAAAUGACAGAUCUAAAAGAUAUGAUAGAGAAGAAGAUAGGGAUAGAAGAAGAAGUGAUAGAUCUAGAAGAUAUGAUGACAAAGAUAAAAGAGAUCAUUAUAAGGAGCAAGAAAAAGAUAGAGGAGCUUCAAAAAGUUAUGAUUUAUCUAGAAAACAAGAAAGUAAAAAUAUAGAUAGUGCAAUGCCAGAUGAAGAAUAUAAUAAAAGGUAUUCUGAUAAUGUAAAAAGAAAGAAUGAUAGAGGUGAAAAUGAUAAAACACAACUUGAAGAUAGAGAUAAAAGAAGGAGUCAUGACAGACCUAAAAGAAAUGAUAAUAUAAAUAAAGAUACAUCCAUGGCGAAGAAAUUGAAUCAAGUAGAUAGUGAUAAAAGACAAGAAGACAGAAGUGAAAAAUUUAAAAAACCUGAUGCUGUCAAAGAUGAAAAUGACAAUACCUACAGAAAAUACAAUCUUGACAACCCUGAUUUGGAAGGAGGCAUAGAAAACAAACCCACAGAUAGAAAAGUUGAACUAAAAGAUGAUAAAAGAAAUACUGUUAGAAAAGAAAUGAGCAAUGAAAAUAAAAAUGAUCAGUCUAAGCAUGAAUUAGACAUUCCCCCUGAUCCAUCUAUAUCAAAGUUUGCUAAUGACUCAGAUGAUGAUGCUCCACCUGUUCCACCAAGAAUGAUUUCAUUAGCAGUUAACACUGCUGAAGAUGGUUCAGAAGAGGAGGCAAAUACUCCAAAAAAUAAAUCAGCAAAUUAUAGAAGAUCUGGUCCUAACAAAGAUUAUAAAAUGGAUGAUACAUCUAGAGAUAUUCCUAGAAAAAGGAGAGAGUCUUUAGAAAAUGCACCCAUCAUACCUGACAAAGGUGAAAGACAAGCAGAGCCUAGAAAAAGAAGAAGCUAUCUAAAUGAUGAGGAUUCUGACAACAAAAGUAGGCAACAGAGAAGUAAACAUUCUUCAAAAGAAUAUGAUGAUCAAUCAGAAAAGUUUAAACUUGUUUUACCAUUAGAAAGUCCAAAAGAUUUAAUAGUAGAGAAAAGAGAUCAUAAGGAGUUGGAGCCCUACAUGUAUGCAAGAGGAAGACGAAGUGGCCGCUUACCUAGGAGACUGGAUAUUAGCCGUGAAGAAGCACAAGAAAGUGAUAAUGACACUCAGAUGAAGGAAUUGGAUAAUUUAAUGCCUGAUAAUCCCAUUGAACUGAAUUUAGAGGAUUCUGAUGAUAAUAAGAAUGACUCCACUAAGAAUGAAGAAACACCAACAAAGAAAGGUAUUUUUAAUUUGUUUAGCUGUGUUGGUGGGAAGAGCUCAGAUUUUAUGAAAAAGAAAUCAAAAGACAAAAAACCUAUCAAGAAAUACUAUGAUGAGGGGGAGAAAAGAAAAAUAAAAAAACUUGCAAAAGAAAAAGAAAAGGAAGAGAAAAAUAAACUCUAUUUUCAAGAUCCAGAUGAUGCAGCAGUUGAAAAUGACCCAAGUCCAACAUUACCAGAAAAUGAUAAGGAACCAUUGGAACAAGCUGAGUCUUCAGUUGUUCUGCCAGCAGAACUGCCUCAAAUUCCUGAACCUGAUCUUCAUUUUAAGGGCAGAAGAUAUCAGAAAAAACAAAAGUCCCUUGAUACACCCAAGCCUUUGUCAACAUUUAUGGAUCCCAUAGUUGCAUUUGAUGAUGUUUUAGGUUCUGAUAAUGAUUUUGAAGAAGUUGAUGACCUUCCUCUUGGCACAUUUACUAGAUGGAAAGAAAAUACAGUAGAGGAACCCAAACUUUCCAGUUUUAUGUCAGCUAAAAGAGAAGAGAAGCAAUUAAAAACAUUUAGAAAUUUUCAAAGGAAGCCCUUUGUAAACAACUCUGAUGUGGCCAAAAAUCUUUCAGAUUCAGUUGAUGCUGAACACCUAGAAGAAAGUGAUGUGACAGCCACUUCAAGGUCUAGUAGUUCAUUUAUUAAGUCAAGCAGUACAAUUGAGGAACCAAUUAAACUUAAAGGAGGUUGCCCAGAUAUGCAGUAUUUUCUUGAUGAUUCAAUGGAACUAGAUAAGGAAAACAAUUUACCUCAACCUACAUUACCUUUUAUUGAAGAGAAGUUGAGUUUACUUGAAGAUGACUUACCAAUACUUCAAUGCACCACAGUAUCAGAUGUUGAUCUACCUGAAUCAAAUCCUAUUCAGGAUUGUUCUAAUUUCCAAGAUAACAGUAAAACGGAAAUUAGACCAGAGUUACUAGAACAAACCUCUAAUAUGUUACAUUCUAUAUCUAUAAGGUUGGAGCCACCUACACCAGAAUCUACAUUUGAAGACUCCUUUGACCAUGUAGAUAAUAGUGAUUAUCUCAGGAAGGAGUCUGAUAAUCCUGAAAAAUCAUUUCCUCUUCCUAUACAGAAUGACAUACCUCAUAGUGAUGAUCAUGUUUUGAAUACUUCAGCCCCUUCAUUUUUUAAUUUUGAGAGAAUUGAAGGGGAUACAAAUAUCUUUGAUACCCCCCAAAACUUAAACGAUUCAUUUGAUCCAUCAGCAUCAUUUGAAGCAGACAUGAUGUAUCGCAGGAAACACAGAACAAUAUCCUUUGAUGAAAGAUUAACCUCCAGACACACUUUAUCACCAAAUGUUUCUAGGAAAAAUCCUUCUUCACUUAUAGGAGAGCCUGUGACAAGGCCUAGAUCUAGUUCCACCACCUCAAAUCCUCUGACUUAUGAACCAUGGCGUGCCAAAGCAUAUAGCAAACAGCAGCAUCACAGAUCAUUUUCUACUAGUGGUUUGUUGCAUGGUAGGUCGGGUACACGGCUACAUAAGUCACACUCAAUUGGUGAAAUUUAUAAUAGUACUGUUGCUAGUAGUGUUGCUCGGCGCCGAGCCAAAACCAUUGUUUCUACUGACAUCACAUCACGAAUGUAUCAGCCACGACAGCGAAGUAGGUCAUCACGUGCCUUAUUGGGGGAUGCCUCGUUUGGUUCUGUUGCCCCAAUCAGGCAGCGGUCAUUCUCAGGCUUUGAUUAUGCUACUUCUUCAGGCUCUGUUGAGCCCACAAUUGUGACUGUUAAAAGGUCUGAGUCAGAAAGACAACCUAGUAAAAUAAUAGUAGAAAAGGAAGAGCCUAAAAAUGUUGAAAGGUCAAAAUCUGACCGUCGUCAUAAAAACAAACUGGGUGAAGCCAAACCUGCCUCUCCAUCCAAAUCUGACACACUUAAAUCAACAGACAGUGCCAGUGGUGGUGAAACACUAGAAGACAGGAGUAGUAAAGAGGGCUCACCAACUAAAGAGCACCCUUCACCAACAAAGGAGAAAAAGAAAAAGAAGAAGUUCCGAAUCCCUUCCUUCUCUAAGAAGAAGAGCAAAGAAAAUAAAGAAAGUGCCAUCUAAAAAUCACACAUCUCUAGCAAUGUAAUCUUUUUGUUCUGCUUGAGACUGACUGUAUUAGCAAUGGGUCAUCCUCCAAUCAUUACAUGCCAUGUGCUGUUGUAGAGCUUGCCUUAUUUCUCAUGGUUUUUAAUUACAUAGUUGAUAAGCAAACAAAAAUCAUUGACAAAAAGUGUUCAACUUUGUGUUUGUAGUCAAUGUUCCAAACUUUCCUGGCAAUUUGUGUCCCUGUUCAGUACUAACAUUUAUGUAGGAAGGAACUGAUAAAUGAUUAAAUGAAUCUACUUGGUUUCAUUUUUUUUAUUUUUGAUAAAAUACAAACUUGGUGGAUUUUAAAAAUGAAUUCAAUGUUGUAAGAAUUGCAAUAACAUACAUAAAGAUAUAAAGAUAGCCUGUUUUAAUAAAUGUUAUUUUGUUGUUGGUAUUAUAUUUUGUGGAUUACCAUUAUAGAGUAAGCACAAUUUCAUCCCAGAUUUUGGAUUAAUCCUUUUUUUUUAAGUAGUAUCAGAUCUUUUUUUUUUUUUUCCUUAUUUACUUUAGUUUGAAGCAUUUAGGUUGCUGUUUCAAUGCAUGCUUUUGAUAGUUUCUUUUUUCAUUUAGCUAAAUUGGUUGUAAUUAUACCUUUUGUAUAUGUAUAUAUGAUGGAAUACAUGUCAUGAAAUCAUCACUUUAGUAGGUCAUUACUUGAAUUCAAAUGGAUGAAAUUAGUUUUAUAAAGACUACUUAAAAUCUCUUCAUUAGCCUGUUUAUCCUACUUAAUCUUGAUUUUUUUUCAUGGCUUGUUUACUGACUGUGCUCAUAGUGUCGUGCAAUCAAUGAUGGUGGCUCCGUCUGAUACAUUCACUUUGUUCUUCUGUCACGUUUUCAGACCACACUAUGAUUCAAGUGGAACCAAUGUGAUUUGAGAACUACACUUAUCUGAAAUCAGUUUUCUUUCUACAUUAUGAUUGAUACUAGUAUCACAUAAGGACGUUGUGAUAUUUUUCCCAGACUUUUUUUUUUGGGACUCUUUGAAGAUGACUUUUUUGUAUAACAAAAAUAAAGGCAUUUAUUUUUUUUAAGGCCUGUCACUGGAGAUUAUUUCAAUCUGUAUAUGUCAGUGUAUUUUGAUAUGUCAGUGUAUUUUGAUUUAAUUAUUUUUUUCAAACUUUAAAACUUAUAUAAUAUAUAUCAUAGGAAAUACAAUGUUUAUUGCCAUCUCUAUUACCCUUUUAGGAAAGAUCAAAGCUGUUUUUAAUCAAUAUCUAAUGAUUAAUUGUAGAUAAUAGAAACGCAUGGUCUUUGAAAUAUAGUGAAAGAAAUAUUGAAGACCAAAUUAUUGUUUCCUCCCUUUUCUUGGUGGUGUUGAUCAAACAUAACAUCAAGUCUUGCCUGUAAAGAUGUUCUAUGUACUUUAUAUAGUUUUGUAUCUAUCAGUACUAAGAUAUAAACUGGUGUAUACGAUUUGUCCUUUUUUUGUGUUUUGAUUUAUAAAUCUAUAUAAGAGCACAUAUUACUAAAAAUUAUUUAUAACACUUAUAAUGACAAAAUGUAGAUAAUCACUUGCUUUAUUAUUGGUAGCUUUUAUAGUGUAAGCUUGUUCAUCUAAUGGGCACAGUAGUCUUGGGACAUUUGGUGAAAUCAUUCUCUUUUGAAGCUGAUCAUGUCCAUUUGUCUAGAACAAGUUAGAUUGUGAAGCCCAUGUAGCUGUUCAGUUAUCAUUUGUAAAUAAUUUCAUUCUUUUGUUUCAAAGAGCUAUUAUAAUUCUGUACACCAUUUUUUUAUAUAGACUUUUCAUGUUAUACAUCCCAGGGUUGUUUUGUUUUCUGUUAUAUUAAUGUGCAUAUGGUUUUCUUUUUUAUUCAGGUGUGUAUGCUUUUUCAGUAUUUUACAGUUUUUCCAUCAACUUCUCACAUCUAAGCAAGUAUUUAAACAUAGCCUCUCUUAUUGACUAAAAGAGUGAAGUCAAGUUAGCUCAGUCACUCGAUGAUUCCAGUCAUAUCUCAACAUUUAGGUGUUUUUUUUUUGUUUUUGCUGUUGUUUUAAUUUCACCAAAUAUUUAUUAGAAUUCAGCCUUUUUUUUUAUACAAAGUUUACAAACUGUGGCUUCAUGCCUGUGAUAAAAUAUUCAAUUAUAUACUAGUUUCCAGUGAUCUGUAGUGAAUAUUUUUGUGAUGGACUUGCUCAUUUAAACUUUAAAAAAAGAUGGAAUGGAAUUUUUUUUUUUUUCAUUUUGCAUAAUUUAUUGGUGCAGCUUAUGUCUGUUAUAGAACAAAAAAACAACAAGCACUGGUUGAGUCUUUGAUAAUUUACUGUAAUGCUGAAUACCUUUUUUUUUUCUAACAUAGCAUAAGGUUGUGUUAAAGCUAAUAUAAUUGUACAGAAAAGAUUACAACUUACUAUAAAACUAUGAUAAACAGAAGCUUGUAAGAACAUGUAUGGUUGGCUAAUAAAACUAAUGUUCAUUUUUAUUUUUUUUUCCUAUGCUAUCUGUGACUAGCUUUUCAGACUCCAGAUCUUUGGUAAGAACAUUAAAGCUGGUAACCCCAUGUAUCAGAAAUACUUAUUAGUUUCAAUUCCAGCUUUUUAAAUUAUUUUUUUUUAUUACGGUUUUAGUAUUUCACAAUUUUAUAUUUUGUAAUAAUAGGAAAUGUGUGUAUAUAUAUAAUUAGUGUAAUUUAGCAGUCUAUGAGAUCUUAAUAAAUUUGUUUGCCAAAAUUUCAGAUUAUUUUGUUCACAAACAUUUUUUGUACACCUCAUAGUUGUGACAUUUUCUUGACUGGACUGCUGAUGUAAUGAUGUCAAUUCCACUAAUACAGACAAAUCAGUUGCAUUCUACUUUGUUUCAAGCUUUCAAUACUAUUACUUUGUCCAAUCACUCUGGCUUAUUUUGUUGACUGAUGGGUCACACAAAAGCUUUUAGUCAAUCUGUAAUGCUGUGUCUAAUAAACUUUGAAUUCAAA